AAGAAAAGUUGAAACGAUUUUAAAAUUAGUUUUAUACUGGGUUGAGGUCAAAUGUUGCUAACUCGGAAUGUAGCGUCUAUAGAAAGAUGCUGAGGUGAAUGUUUUAUGCGAAAUUCGGACGAGUGCCACACAGCAAUUCACAUUUAGGUGAAACGCAAUGGUGAUGGUUAUUGUGUUUAUAUUUGACGUGUUCACAUACAACCAGGAAAGUUGUGUUAAUGAACUGUACAUUGGUUAAAGUUUGCGACGUAUAUCAUUGCCAUCACAAAAACAUUUGCUGUGGAGUAAUUGUCGUGGGAAGAGGACAUGGACUACUUACAGAAAGUGCUUGCAGAAAUUUCAGUGAAAGUGGAUAAUUUUCCUGUUGGAGCAGCAAAUGUCCAUGACAGUGUUUCACUAGAGUCUGAAAUAAACACAAUACAGUCCAAGGUACAAUGCACUAAAGCUGAUGUACUCAUCUUACAAGCACUGACAGAAAUUGCUAAAAACUCUAAUGCAAAUAGAGGCAAAACAGAUCACACACACAUAGCAAAAUAUGAGAAUGCUCUGGUGGAUGAUGCAUCAGCCAUAAAUCACCCACGAAAUAUGGCAGUUCUUGCAGAGGAGGCAGCGGCUUUACAGGAAGCUCUUGAAAUGCAACCCGAAGAAAUGGAGCAUCAGCCCUUAUCGUGUCGCUCACUCUUGGAACGUAUAAAAAACAUUGUGCCUAAGUGUUCAUCAACUCAACUUGAAUUAUUGGAAAUUCAAAACGAUAUCAACCAGAAACUAAAAGAGAUCAAAGAAAUGGAAUUUACGCUUAUGAAGAAGAAAGCAAAGUAUGCCAGUGAUUUGGUGGAACAGAAGAAACAUUUGGAUAAAAAGAGAAGUUCUAAAGAUGAGGGAUAUGACAGGAAGAGCAAAAAUUUAAAAAACAUCGCAAGCGAAAUUAACAUGAUGAAAACUAUUAUACAUGCCCUUAUAUUUUUAUCACCAGAGUCGCUAGAAGAGAAAGAAGUUCUUGAAAUACUUGAGUUUACAAGAAAACCUCUGAACCUUGUAACAUAUAGCACACAAAUUUAAAAUGUGGAAGACUUCAUUAACACUAUUAAAAUCUGUUUUAUUUGCUAAGUAGGGAGGCUUGUAUCAUAAGAGUUUUGCUUCACUGUUCAGAUGCAUCUAAUAUGAAAGUCACAUUAGUACCAUGGCCUUUACCAGGUGUUAAUGUAUUAUUUGGAUCAUCUUCCAUGUUCUUGUAUUACUAGUUUGUGAACUUUGUGUGUAACUGAGAAACAGACAUUUGUAAAUGCAAUUACAGAUUA